AUGCACGGGUCCGCGCGCGCGCUCGCUCUCGCACUCGCGAUACUCGCGCUCGCGUACGCGCGCGCCCACAUACCCUCCCACGACAACAUCCUAAGAAUACAGUUGUGGGAUGCGGAGGGUCUCAGUAGGGAUCCCAUCACCACGCCGGCUCCGGCCACCACGCCAGGCUCGCGUUCCGCCAGGCGCCACAAGUUGAAAGUGAACUUGGACUCGCUGUACGAUGCUAUGCUGGAGGAAGGCCACGACGGAGGGUUCGGCAGGUUCACGCGACAUAAAGUGCGGCACAAGCGACGUCGGCCUCGGCAGACCGGCACCGACUUGCCGUGGCGGUUCCACGCCGGCGACAAGGUGUUGAACGUGGCAGUGUACGACGAAAAUGUGCCCUGGGACGUUAUCGAGGCUGAGAACAGCGGGACUAUGGUGAAUACGAGUGCAGUGAGUGAGAGUGCCAGUUCCCCUGUGAAUGCGCCGCGGGACGUGGGGCCCCCGAUGCACCUGCGUCAGCCUCCGGACGAGGUAAUGAGUGAGAGCAAACACCGUAUACAUUAA